AACGUGCCUAAUUUUCAUUGGCUGAUAUUACUUAUUUAUAUAAACAGACGGGAAAAUCAUUCUGAAACUACACUUCACAGGAGAGAUCAAUAGAGAAAAAUGACCAGAAUGAAUGCAAUUUCCAUUACUCUGUUAUGGAGUCUUGUUAUAUUUGGAUCUCUAGCUCAAAUUCAGGCUAAGAAGAAAUCAUCAGAAGAUCUGAAAGAAGUAACCCACAAAGUGUACUUUGACGUAACGAUUGAUGGUAAAGAAGCAGGUAGAAUUGUUAUGGGUCUGUUUGGCAAGACUGUUCCUAAAACAGCUGAGAACUUCAGGGCAUUGUGCACUGGAGAGAAAGGUGUUGGGAAAUCUGGGAAGCCCCUACAUUACAAAGGAAGUGCAUUCCACAGAAUUAUUCCUAGCUUUAUGAUUCAAGGAGGUGACUUCACCAUGGGAGAUGGAAGAGGUGGAGAAUCUAUUUAUGGAGAGAAGUUUGCUGAUGAAAACUUCAAGUUGAAGCAUACUGGACCAGGACUAUUGUCCAUGGCAAAUGCGGGCCAAGAUACCAAUGGUUCUCAGUUUUUUAUCACAACUGUAACAACCAGCUGGUUGGACGGUAGGCACGUUGUAUUUGGGAAGGUACUUUCAGGUAUGGAUGUUGUUUACAAGAUCGAAGCUGAGGGAAAGCAGAACGGCACUCCUAAAAGCAAGGUCGUUAUCGCAGAUAGCGGAGAACUUCCUCUAUAAACUAAUUCACAAAAAAUGUAGUCCAACACUUGAGGAACAGAAAAGUCCCUUACAUUUGUAUGGUUAGAUAAUGUUGGAUAGUUGUUUCAUAGACAAUCCAUAUGUUUCUUGGAAAUCCUUAAAUGCAUCCCACACUGCCUCAUAAAUGCUAUCUGUGGAUUUCUUGAGUAUCACUUGGCUCUAAUGAUAGCUAAACUUAUCCAUUAUACA